AUGAAUGCUUUAACAACAACUGAGAAGCUUAAAGCUGAGUUUCUAAGUAAAGCCAGUGUUCAAUAUGAAACCAAGGUACAAGAAGCAAACUGGGAACUGUACAAGAAACAAAAAGAGGCAGAAGCAAUUCUGUAUGAGAAGAAGACAGAGGCAGAAGCAGAGAUUGCAUUGGCAGACGCAAAAUUUUAUGCUAGAAAGCAAGCAGCUGAAGCAGAUCUAUAUGCAAAGAAGAAGGAAGCAGAGGGGAUUGUGACACUUGGGCAAUCUCAAGGAGUAUAUAUAAGUACACUUCUCACUGCACUUGGAGGAAACUACAAAGCUCUAAGGGAUUACUUGAUGAUCGAUGGUGGCAUAUUUCAAGAGAUUGCAAAGAUUAAUGCUGAGGCAAUUCGUGGACUUGAGCCUAAGAUUAGUAUAUGGAGCAAUGGUGGGGGAAUAACAGAAGGUGCAAUGGGUAUGAAGGAUCUUGCUGGUGUGUACAAGAUGUUGCCACCUCUGUUCAAGACUGUUCAUGAGCAAAUAGGAAUGUUGCCUCCUUGGAUGGGAGCCUUACCUGACAAAAGCUCUUAA